AUGGCCUUCAUCAAGAUUUUCUCCCUCCAUGCUCUCAUCUCCUUCGUCUUCUUCUGCUACACAGUCUCUCCCUCUCCUUCUGCCUCCUCUGACGUUGAACUUCUCUUGGGGCAAAUCAAAGCAUCCUUACAGGGAAACACCCAGGAUAUCAUUUUGUCUUCUUGGAACUCCUCUGUACCUCUUUGCCAAUGGAGGGGUCUCAAGUGGGUCUUCUCCAAUGCCUCUUCUCUCUCCUGCUCCGUCUCUUCUCCUCAUUGGACCAAUCUUUCACUCUUCAAAGACCCUCAUCUUCAUUUGCUCUCUCUUCAACUUCCUUCUGCUAAUCUCUCUGGUUCCAUCCCCCGGGAGCUUUCUGAGUUCCCUAUGCUUCAGAGCCUCUACCUCAACUUCAAUUCCUUGACUGGAACAAUUCCUCUUGAACUCGGCUAUAGUUCCUCCCUCUCCGACAUCGAUUUGCGUGAAAAUUUUCUGAGUGGAGCUUUGCCUCCGUCCAUCUGGAAUCUGUGCGAUGGGCUUGUUUCUCUCAGACUCCAUGGAAAUUUGCUCUCUGGGUCUAUUCCAGAACCAGCAUUGCCAAAUUGUUCUUGCGAGAAUUUGCGAUUUCUUGAUUUUGGCAACAACAACUUUUCUGGGAAUUUCCCAGACUUCGUUACUCGUUUUGGUGGGUUGAAACAGCUUGACUUGGGUAGUAAUAUGUUUGUAGGCUCGAUUCCUCAGAGCUUAGAUGGGCUAAGGCUCGAGAAAUUGAACCUUUCCCACAACAAUUUCAGUGGGGUUUUGCCAACUUUUGUGGAACCCAAGUUUGGUGUGGAUAUUUUUGAAGGGAAUAACCCAGACUUAUGUGGGCCACCCUUGAGAGGUUGUGGUGGAAAUUCUAGUUCUAGACUAAGUGCUGGUGCUAUCGCCGGUAUAGUUAUCAGUCUGAUGGCAGGAAGUGUUGUUUUAGUUUCUUUGCUGAUUGGGUAUGUGCAAAACAAGAGGAGGAAGGGCAGGGGAGAGAGUGACGAUGAAUUGGAGGAGGAAGAGGACGAGGAGAAUGGUGAUAAUAGUAAUGGUGAUGGUGGUAGCAGUGAGAGCAAGCUUAUGUUAUUUCAGGGUGGCGAGAAUUUGACGUUAGACGAUGUGUUGAAUGCAAAUGGGCAAGUUAUGGAGAAGACAUAUUAUGGGACCGUGUACAAGGCAAAGCUUGCUGAUGGAGGGACCAUUGCAUUGAGGUUAUUGAGAGAAGGUUGCUGCAGGGACACGGCUUCAAGCUUGCCCGUUAUAAAGCAACUGGGAAAAAUUCGCCACGAGAAUUUGAUUCCUUUGAGAGCUUUCUAUCAAGGAAAAAGAGGGGAGAAGCUCCUUAUUUCUGAUUAUCUGCCUCUUCGGACCCUGCAUGAUCUUCUCCAUGAAAUCAAAGUAGGAAAACCAGUGAUGAACUGGGCUAGGCGACACAAGAUUGCAUUGGGAGUAGCUAGAGGGCUUGCAUAUCUUCACACAGGACUUGAUUCUCCAAUUACACAUGGAAGUGUCAGAUCAAAGAACAUUGUUGUGGACGAUUUCUUCGUGGCCAGGCUCACUGAGUUUGGGCUUGAUAAGCUGUUGGUUCCAGCAGUAGCAGAUGAAAUGGUGGCACUUGCCAAGUCUGAGGGUUAUAAGGCUCCGGAGCUUCAAAGGAUGAAUAAAUGUAAUUCAAGAACUGAUGUUUAUGCAUUUGGAAUAUUGCUGUUGGAGAUUUUGAUCGGGAAGAAACCUGGAAAAAGUGGGAGAGGAAGUGAGUUCGUAGAUUUGCCUUCUAUGGUGAAAGUGGCAGUUUUGGAGGAGACAACAAUGGAGGUGUUUGAUGUGGAGAUUUUGAGAGGGAUAAGAAGUCCGAUGGAAGAAGGGUUGAUUCAGGCUUUGAAGCUAGCAAUGGGUUGUUGUGCCCCUGUGGCUUCAGUUAGACCCAGCAUGGAUGAAAUUGUGAGGCAGUUGGAGGAGAACAGACCAAGAAACAGGUCUGCUUUAUACAGCCCCGCAGAAACUAGAAGUGGAAGUGGUACCCCAUUUUGAGCUUUUGCAUAACUAAUUGAGUCUUAUUCAUAAUGUGUCUUUCUGAGCGCGUUUCUGGUGGAUGAUUGUAAUUAUUUUCUAGAUAAUGCAUUUUAGAAAGGGGAGAUCUGUUCUGUUGUUCAUGGGUGCAAAGAAACAUUUCUGUGUAUUACACAUACAAUGCUAUAAGAAUCAGUCAUACGGAAGUUUCGUGUCCACGUCUUAUAAACAGUAUAAGCUCUAUAAAGGUUGAAAUUUGAUGAAAUGAUCUUGUGGCAAA